AUGUAUAGUGAGAUGGAUAUGAUGGGUGUUUAUUUUUUUACAAUUCUUAUAAUAUUGACUCCAACAAUAAAUUUCGUCGAUGGGUCACACUUUCGAGGUGGUAUAGUCAGUUGGCGAGCAUGGAACACAAAUCCAUCGGGUACGACGGCUUCAAUUUUAAUUCAUCAACGAUUUUCAUGGCGUCGUAAUUAUUGGGGGGCAGCAAACAAUUGUACGGACCUGACGAUAGCCCAACAAGGACUAGUCGGUUCAGGCACGGGCUCGUCAACAUGUGUUGGCGGUGGUAAUUGUGCAUCGCUCUCUCCGAUCAACGCCGAUGUAAAAUGUACCGACUACAGUUCCGCAGCUAAUUGGGCAUCAGGCGAACGAUACGACAACCGAACUCUUUUCCUUAACCGUUCAUAUACUGUCACAUUCAAGAGCAAUGCAUGGAUGCAGCUAGCAAUUGGAGGAAAUGGCGAUUGUUCAAAAUCGAAUGAAGAUUAUUAUACUAUUCUUGGAGUUAAUCGAGCAGCAACAGAUGAAGAAAUAAAACGUGCAUAUAGAAGAUUAGCUUUGCAACUUCAUCCUGAUAAAAAUCCUGAUCCUGAUGCAACUGCUCGAUUUCAAUCUGUUAAUAAAGCUUAUAAAGUACUUGGAGAUCCAAAACUUCGAUCAACUUAUGAUUUUUUAGGAGCACACGCUGCUGAUAUGAUGGAUCAAUAUGAAGGUAAAAUAAAUAAAAUAUUAAUAAUAUAUUUAAAUAGAUUUUUAGAAUAUCCUCAAACAAUGAAUACAAUGUCAACAUGUAAAAAAAUUCUAUAUGGUUUAAUAUGUUGUCUUACUGGUUGUUGUUUCUGUGGAUGUUGUUUUUGUUUCUGUGGUUGUUGUUGUUGUUGCAAUUUUUGUUGCAAUGGAUGUUGUGGAAAAUAUAAAAAUUCUACUGUAUCAACUUCAACGGAUGAUACACAACCAGAGAAUAAUUCAAAUGAUCCAUCAAAUAAUUCUCAAAGAACUGAUUCUGUUCGUCAACAACCAACUGACAAUCUUACAGAUUCAGAAAAAUUUUAG